AUGGCGGCCCAAAAGCGAGCUGAUAAUUGGAUCGACGGUCUCCGUGGAGUUGCGGCACUAACCGUUGUUACCUAUCAUCUGUGCUCCUGCUUUGCAAAUUGGUUGAACUCGCCUGCGAUCUCAGAAGAGGGCUCCGUUUAUAUCUUCCAAUACCCAUUCCUCCGACUCGUGGUUGCUGGUCGUUCCGCUGUCGCGCUCUUCUUUCUCCUUACUGGAUACGUGAACUCUUUCAACUCAAGGAAACAUAUUCGAAAUGGUGAUGCCGCUUUCGCUUUGCAGAGUCUGGCGCGGAGCACGCUUACUCGCACCGGCAGGCUAGUCAUGCCGACAACUGCUGCCGUACUGAUGGUAUGGCUUAUUUGCCAACUCAACGGGUUCAGAGUCGCUAGCCAAGUCGACGCUGGUUGGAUCAGAGGAUCUGGUACCACCACAUCAGGACCGACCUUUUUCGGCGCCAUCGAUGGUCUGCUCCGGAACCUCAUUUUAUUCUGGCAUAACGGCGUGACUGAUUACGACCAUACAUACUGGACGAUCCCGUUCUUCCUGAAGGGAUCCAUGUUGGUUUAUAUCACGCUCCUGGGAACAACAUAUACACAACCUAGACACACCAAACUAAUCCUCAUUUCCCUCUAUUUCUUCGCUUGGUCUGGUGGCCAAGCCCUCAUGGAAAUGAAUAUCUACGCAGGAAUUUUCCUCGCUGAACUACACGCCGACUACGGGACAAACGCCACUACCUUCAUCUCCAGGCCCACAUCCACGCUCAUGAUUAUAUUCGGCCUCUUCCUUGCCUCCUUCCCCGAGGAGAACCCAAGCUGGAUGCCAUGGAGUCAAGCACUCAACACAGUCGGCCACCUUAUUGUGCCAAAUGGCGGGGAAGUCAACCGAUAUAUCACCUCGUUGGGAACAACAUUCUUCGUCUUUGGAGUCUUCUUCUCUCGCGAUGCUCGCCGCCUUCUUUCAUCCCCAUUCAUGAAUUUCCUCGGCCGCAUCUCUUUCCCUAUAUACCUCAUUCACAAUACCCUUAUCCGCACGGUUCUGUCGUUGGUCCUCUACCAACAGUCGAUUGUGAGUAAGGGGAUGCAUCCCGUGGAUAAAGAGGGCAACCCGAUGUUCUAUGAAGUGGGCGGAGCUUUCACAUUUGCAGUGACGUUGCCACUUUUCUAUCUUCUACUGAUAUACGUGGCGCAUUUAUGGACGAUCCACGUGGAUCCCCGCUGCGGGAGGGUCGUUUCUUGGCUUUCGAGGAAAGCUUUUGGUGACACUAGUGACUCCGAGUUGACGAAGGAAAGCCCAUCAAAUGGAAUCUUGACUACUUGGAAAGGAAGGCCAUCGGAGCCAGGGAAAUUCUUCUUUUGCCAAUAA